AUCGCAUAUCAACUAUUAUAACGUUUGUCUGGGUUAGGUGCGAUAUGGUUAUCAGUCAAGUUCUUUACCGUUGACCUUGAUCAAAUUACGUAGCUGACUGUGAUUGAAUGAAUGCCCCGGCUUAAAAUCUGCUAUCAUCAGUACGAAUUUGGUGUUCGACCGGGAAGCAAGUGAUAUUGAAAGGAAAACAAUGUGGUGUACUCUGCUCGGUUGUUUAGCAGGUUUCCUAGGUGCGGUGUAUCUGUUUCUAAUUUGGGAAUUUAAAAGAUGGAAAAAGAUUGGCGUAAAUGGGCCUGAACCACAUGUCCUAUUUGGUAAUGUUCCCAGUUUAUUAACACAGAAGAGGAACGUGUAUUAUGACUACGAGAAAAUUUAUAAUGACUUCAAGCACGAGCCUGUGAUUGGUUAUUUCAGCUUACGUACCCCACAGUUGAUGAUACGCGAUCCCGAACUGAUUAAAGAGGUUCUAACGAAGAAUUUUAAUCAUUUUGCUUCGAACCAAUUCUCCGACCUGGUGGAUGAGAAAUCUGAUCCACUAUUUGCUCGUAAUCCAUUCAAUUUGUCAGGAGAAAAAUGGAGAACUCGACGAGCGGAAAUAACUCCAGCUUUCACAAACAAUCGGAUAAAAGCACUUUUUACCUUGAUGGAUGAAGUAAGCAUUCGAAUGACUGAAUACGUACACAAACAAAUCAAACUGAAUGGCUCGGCAUUCGAUAUCAAAGAAUUGAUGGCCAAAUUUACGACCGAUGUCGUAUCCAACUGUAUUUUUGCAAUUGACGCACAAUCGUUCACCAAGGAUAUACCUGAAAUUCGUGAAAUGGGUCGUCGGAUUAUGGAUUUCAACUUUAUCGUGCAAUUUGCAUUGGCCGCUCUAACAUUUUUCCCUUCAAUCAAAAACUUUUACAAAUUUUCCUUCAUUCCCAAAGAUGUUGAGGCAUUUUUCAUUCGAAUUAUGACUGACGCCAUUCGGCACCGCAAACAAAACAAAAUUGUUCGAAACGACUAUCUGGAUCAUCUUUUGUCACUGGAAGAAAAGAAAAAUAUCUCGGAGCUGGACAUAGCCGGUCACGGUGUAUCAUUCUUUGCUGAUGGAUUUGAAACAUCCAGUAUUGUUAUGACCAACUGUCUUUUCGACUUAGCAUCGCAUCCCGAAGCCCAGAAGCAGUUGAGGGAAGAAAUUCGUCACGUUCAGAAAAGCAAGGGAGGUUUGACGUACGAAAACCUGGGAGAAAUGGUCUACCUUGAUCAGGUACUGAACGAGUCGCUUAGACUUCAUCCGAUUGGUCCGAUUUUAGGAAAAAACUGUACGAAAGAUAUUGUACUGGUGGGACCAAAAGAUAGGAAAAUUCCUAUUACAGAAGGCACAACGGUUACCAUUCCGUUCUUCGUUCAUUUGGAUUCACAGCAUUACGAUGAACCGGAAAAAUUUAAACCGGAACGUUUUGCGCCGGAAACUGGAGGUACCAAACCGUACAGAGAAAAGGGAGUAUUUAUUCCAUUCGGUGAAGGACCCAGAAUGUGCCUUGGAAUGCGCUUCGCUCUAGCACAAGCGAAAAGGGGUAUCGUAGAGAUCAUUGAUAAGUUUGAAGUCACUGUUAAUCCUAGAACAAAGCUCCCGAUAGAAUAUGAGGCUAAAAAGUUCCUGCUUUAUGUGGUUGGCGGAAUAUGGCUGGACCUGAAAGCCAUAAAUUGAGAAAUAACCUAAAACAUAUUGUCCAUUAUAUUAAUGCACUAUUAUGCAAACAGAAUCGAAAUAAAAUACACAUUUGGAAAA